CAAAAACACAGAACUCGACUUUCAUACAUGUACAUAUAUAUAUAUAUAUUUGCAUUUAUAUAUAUAUUUUUUAAAUAAUAACACAACCCAACAGAGGCAGUUCACGCUAUUCUGUUGCUAGGCUACGAGGCUACAAUCUCCUCCCUGGUCUAAACAAGCUGGCAGAGAUUUUGCACACGGACAAAAAAAAAAAAACAAAAUCAACGUAAUCAAGUUCUGUGCCAUCAUGCCGUUCCUUAAAGCGGCCCGAAGGAAUCCGUCGCGUUCGGCCCUGUUGGACGACAAAUCCAAGAAAUGCGGAAGACGCGCGACCGUCUUCUCCGUCCACGGCGACCAAUACGCGGGGGAGUGGCUCAACAACCAGAAACACGGGUGGGGGGUCCAGGUCCGGAAGCAGUCCGGGACCAUCUACAACGGCGAGUGGAAGAUGGGGAAAAGGGACGGGUACGGCACCUGCAGCGUCCUUCUGGCCGACGCCAAGACGUACGCGAAGAAGUACUGCGGUGAAUGGAAAAACGGGAAGAAGCACGGUCACGGUACCUAUUGGUACAACAGUUUUUCGGUGUACGAAGGCGAAUGGCGCGAGGACCGGCGGAGCGGUUGGGGAAGAAUGCGCUUCGACGGCGGCGACAUCUACGAGGGAGAAUGGAUGAAGGAUAAAGAGCACGGGCUGGGGACCCGUUGCUACGCGAACGGGAACCGCUACGAAGGCUCCUGGAGGGACGGCGACAAGAGCGGGAAGGGAAAACUCUUCUACUGCCGCGGAGGGCGACUCUACGAGGGUCUGUGGGUCCGAGGGGAACCCAAAUGCGGCACCCUGCAGGACUUUGAGGGAGACCACCCGGCAAAGUGUCCCGUUCCACAGGUGAAACUCGCAAAUAUGGAGAUGGUCCUACAAGAAGCCCGAUUGGCCCACCUUCCUUCUUGACGGCUGAAGCAACUUUUACUUGGACUCCGGUCUAGAAAAAGCUCAGAAACCCCAC